AUGCAAAAGCAGUCUAUCGAUUUCCCUUCAACGGAUAUUACUACCCGUCCACGAGCAAAAACAGAAUCUUCAUAUAAUAAAUCUGGAGAAGGUUUAUCUGUUAAAACAUCAAUUUCAACCUCUAGUUCAUUGUCUAAAGGAAAUACCACUAUUCAACAUCGCCGUUAUAUACCAAGCCCUCUUCUAAUAAAUGAUUACAUCUUACAAUCAAAAAAUAACUAUCUGUUUGCAAAUAGUGAUUGUUUAUCACCGUCUGUAUUAUUAUCACCAGUCUUAUCCAGACCUGUCAGAUCAUUGUCAUCUCAAUCCAAUCAUUUUAUAAGAACUACAUCAAUUGGAUCAGGAAGCGGUAUAACAAAUAGUGGUAUUUCUGAUUGUGAUUUUGAUUGCAAUUGGAUGGAAACAAAUGAGCAACCUAUCUUUGGUUCUAGGAACAAUUCACGUACUGCACAUGUAUUAGAUUCAAAUAGUAUUAUAAAUAAUAUAAAUCAAUUUCAAACACCUGGAAAUAUUAUUAAUUCAACAAAUAAUAGUACACAUUUACCAGGAACAUUUACACAAAUGUCUAGUGGAAAUCACGAGGAUGCAUCUUCUUAUCCAUCGUAUUAUUCAGUUUCACAUCCAUCAUUUUAUCAAGAAAUAAAUUCAGAAAAGACAGUUUGUCAUAAUGGAAGUAUGGAGUCUUCUAGUAAUAUACAAGGAGAUAAUCACCAACUAUCACCUUUUCCUAACAAAGGAAAUAGUAAUUCUUUAUCAAGCAAUCCUAAUGCAUCAUCAAUAGCUUCACAAUAUAAUAUUUCAGACUCAUCUGAAACUUUCAUGUCACGCCCAGAAUCAGUUACUGAUGGAAAAUAUACAAAUUCAUUGUACUCAUCAUAUUCUGUAUUAAAUCCAAGUGAUAAUAUUAUGGGACGAUCACAAGUUCUUGGUACAAAUAGUUAUAUAUUAAAUCCUAUUCAAAGAUUUACAAGACGUCCUUCAAUUGCUGCUACAUCUAUAUCAUCAUUACAAGGACAUAAUUAUAAUGAUACAAAUUUUGUUAAUGAAGUAAAUAAUAUACCAUCACAAAAUUCUAGAAUAAAUCUUAUAAGAAUGCGCCAUUCACUUGGUCAUUCAGAUCCAGAAUUAUCAUCAAUCUAUUCUACAAAAAGUUCAAGAAAUAGUAUUGGUUCAAGAAAGUCUACUGUUAGUGUUAUGUCAACAAAUAGUGGUCAUGGAAUUAUAACACGUUCUAAAAAAGAACGACGUUCAAUAGGUUUAUGUCAAAAUAAUGAAUCAUUAAAAUUAAAAAAUAUUUCACAUAGAAGAAGUAAUGAUAAUCAACAAAAUAUUGUGCCAAUUGUUAGAUGUAAAAGUCCAGUUAAUCGUAUUAAAUUACGUAAUGUUUAUGGAAGAGACUCAAUGAAAAAUCAUAUUAAUUCAUCAAUGUCAAAAUAUUCUGUCACAAAAUAUAAUAAUCCAAAUCUUCCACCUCAUGUUAAUAUAGCAGAAAAUCGUAGAUGGUCAGUUGCUUCAUUACCAUCUACUUCAGGAUAUGGUACUCCAGGAAGUAGUUCUGCCUUAUCUAGUCAAUAUUCAUCUCAAGAACAUAUUAAUGAAUUAUUUAAUGAAUUAAGAAUAGAUAAAGAUAAACAAUAUUGUGGUGGAGAACAGACUGGUGAUGGAAAUGAUGAAAUACAUAAAAGCUUUUUUAGACCACGUUCACGAAGUUUAAGUAGUCCAGUUUGUUUUAUAAAUGAUAAUGUUAAUGAGGUACCAUUAAUGUCAACAGUUUUUAAGGAAAGAUUUCCUAAAGCUAAAAGGCAUAUGGAAGAAUUAUUAAGACAAUUUAUAACAGAAAAUAUUCCAUUAUCAGGAAUAAGUACAACUAUUGAUAUAACAUCUUUAGAAACAUCACCUGGUAAAAUAGCAAGUCCUUCAUUUGGUAGUAGAAAUUCAGUUCUUAUUAAUGAUCCAAUUCAUUCAGAUGUAUCAACAAAUACAUGUAGAUCAUUUAAUUUACAAAGUCUUAAUACAUCUCAUUCUUCAUCAAUAAAUUCUGUUAUUUCAAAUAGAAGAUCUGUUAUUGUUAGUGGGACAGAAUCUAUUAACUGUGAUACAAAUACAUUACAUUGUGUGUCUGAUGGCGCUACUCGUUUUAUUCAUCAUCAAAUUGUUGAGAUCGCAUCAGAUUGUUACCAAAAAAGUAAAGAUGAUGGAUUGUCAAGUAAUUAUUUCUUAGAAAUGUCAUGUAAAUUAGAUGAACUUCUUGUGGAAGGACAACAUAAAGUUAGUGAUGAAUGUUUUAAUUAUUUAUCUAAAAUUGUAAAAGAAUUAUUAAUAAUAAUUUCAAGACCAGCAAGACUCCUUGAAUGUCUUGAAUUUGAUCCUGAUGAUUUCUAUAAAUUAUUACAUGAAACAGAGGGAGUCUUACGCCAACAAAUGGUACAAACAAACAAAAAACCAAGAGAUUUACCUCAAUAUAUAUUAGAAAAAUUAGGAUUAGAUAGAGGUUUAAAUUCAAGUCCAUUAGAAGAAAGAUUUUCAAAGACAAACUCUAUAGAUAUUGAUAAUUUAAAUAAUCUAGAAAAAUCAUCAAUAACAUCUUCAAAUGAGUCAAAACAAAAAAUUAUACAACCACAAGAAAAUGAUUUUGAAACAAUAAAACUUAUUAGUAAUGGAGCAUAUGGAGCAGUAUAUUUAGUAAGGCAUAAAAUUACUCAUCAAAGAUUUGCAUUAAAAAAAAUGAAGAAACAAACAUUAAUAUUAAGAAAUCAAGUUGAUCAAGUAUAUGCUGAAAGAGAUAUUUUAACAUUUACUGAUAAUCCAUUUGUUGUUUCAUUUUUUGGUAGUUUUGAAACAAAAACAUAUUUAUGUAUGUUAUUAGAAUAUGUUGAAGGAGGUGAUUGUGCUUCAUUAUUAAAAAUUGCUGGUGUAUUACCAUUAGAACUUACUAGAUUAUAUACAGCAGAAACAAUACUUGCCAUAGAAUAUUUACAUUCUUAUGGUAUAGUACAUCGUGAUUUAAAACCUGAUAAUCUUUUAAUUACUGCAAUGGGUCAUAUAAAAUUAACUGAUUUUGGAUUAUCAAAAAUUGGAUUAAUGAAUAGGACAACAUUAGCAUCGGAAAGUAAUGUUGAUGAGAUACAUCAAUUUAAAGAUAUGCAAUUAUGUGGGACACCUGAUUAUAUUGCACCGGAAGUUAUUCUUCGUCAAGGAUAUGGUAAACCUGUUGAUUGGUGGGCGUUAGGUAUAAUUGUUUAUGAAUUCUUAGUUGGUGUUGUACCAUUUUGUGGUGAUACACCUGAAAAUCUUUUUGCAUGUAUAAUUAGAGAUGAACCAGAGUUUCCUGAAGGUGAUGAAGCUUUAGAUCAAGAAGCAGAAAAUAUGAUAAGAAUGCUUUUAGAAAAAAAUCCUGAUGAAAGACUUGGAACAUUUGGUGGAGCUAUUCAAGUUUCAUCACAUCCAUUUUUUAAAACACUUGAUUUUAAUUCAUUACUUAGACAAAAAGCAGAAUUUAUGCCAAAACUUCAAGGUGAAGAAGAUACUAGUUAUUUUGAUACAAGAUCAGAUAGAUAUAAUCAUGAUGCUGAUUCUGGUGAAGAAGAUACACCAAUGUUUUUAUCAUUUAAUACAGCAACACCACGUCAUAGUAUUUGUGCAAUUGAAUUACAACAAGGAAAUUCCGUUCCUUUACCUGGUAUUGUUAGUUCAUCAGUCUCUGAACUUUGUAAUACUUCAUUACUUUCUUCCGAUAUUAAUGUUACACAAAAAAAAUUAAAAUCUAAUGAUAAUGAUAUAAUUAAAAAAGAAGACAAUAACAUUUUAUUAAAUGAUAACAACUCUAGUCAUAAAAAAUUAGUCGUAUCACCUAGUGAUAAAACAUAUAAUAAACCUGAUAUUACACCGAAACCAUUAAAAACAACAUUAUCAUUAGAAACACCUGAUUCAUUACAAACACCUAGUGCUGUUGUAUUAAGAAGAAGAUUUUCAGCUCAAAGACAUUUAAAUUCUUCAACAUCUAGUAGUAGUACUAAUUGUACAGGAUACAUAGGUACAGGUGGAUCAUCAACAAAUUCAAGUCUUGAUACAUCAAAUUUUACAUUAACUGAAAGUACAGGAUAUGCAUUAGCACAAAUAUGUAAAAAAUCAUCACCAUUACCAUCACCAUUACCAAAAUUACAAAUUUCUAAUUAUAGUAAUUUUUCUUCUCCUGGAUUACAGGAAUCAAAUAAUUUUACAAUUCAACAACAAUCUGAUUUAUCACCUGUAGAUGAAUAUAAUUCUACAGGUAAAAAUAUUUAUGAUGAUACAACAAGAAAUAAUACUAUGAUUAAAAAAUCUCCAGUAUCUUUAUCUCAAACAUCAAAUAGAUUAAAAUCUUCAUUAUCCUCAUUAUUAGGAUCUUCUAAAAAUGAUUCUAUUGAUGAAUCCUUACAAGUAUUAAUUCCAAAUACUACUAAUUCUUCCCCUAAUCAAAUAAUAUAUUCUAAUAUAUCUUCUGGACAAUUAUCUCCUGGUGCAAAUUCAGUAUCAAGUAUAUCAUCAUUUGAUAGUAAUUCACCUAAUGUAUCUAAUGUUUCAACAACAAUUAAUGAAGGAAUAUCUUCUAAUCGUUCAUCUUCAACAGCAUUUCUUCAUCCACAUGUUUCACAUCAUCAUACAUCAUCAGUAACAGGAAAAGGACGUCCUGUAACUAUAAAUAAAGGUCCACGUGGAUUUGGAUUUACAAUAAAAUCUGUAAAAGUAUUUGAAAAUAGUAUGUCAAAUUAUUUUACUAUUGAACAUUUAAUAAAUACUGUUAUUUCAAAUUCACCAGCAGAAAAAGCAGGCCUUUUACCAAAUGAAUUUAUAACUCAUAUAAAUAAUACUUCUGUUAGUAAUAUAACAUAUUAUGAAUGUAUACAAAAAAUAUUGUCAUCUGGAUCUUGUAUCCAAUUACGUGUUAUACCAAUGUCACAAACAUCAAUAAAGGAAGGCACUGGUAGAAGAGAUGAUUGCCAAACACCUAAAAGACUUCCAAAAAAAUGUAAUAAACAACAAAAAUUAGAAAAAAAACAUAGAAAAGGAGCUUCAUUAUUGAGAAGAUUAAGUGGUAAACGUGGUACCACAGAUAUUAUACCAGGAAGUUCAACACAAAAACAAACAUUUAUGCCACGAUCUGUAUCUAGUCAAGAUGCUGUUUCUUUAACAGCAACAUCACAAAUAUCUUCAAAUACUUUACAUCCUGAUGAUGAUUAUUUAUGGAAAGGAAAAACAAAUGAAACAACAUCAAUAUCACCAAUAAAAAAUAAUAUAUCUGGUACAACAAUAAUAUCAGAAAUUCCUUCAAUUGUAAAAACAUCUGCUUCAAUUGAACCAAUAUCUUCAACAUCCAUAAAAACAAAUAUAUCAGUAGAUGAAAGUAUAAAAGAGGAACAACAACCUGUUGUUCAAAAUAAAAAACAUCCUACUAAAGUUGAAUCAACAGCAAGAACUAUGAUAAGUAGUUUACUUGGAAGUCGAGAUAAACAUAAAACACAGAUACAAACACCAAAAGUAUUUGUAUCUUCAAGAGAAGAUUCUCCACCAACACAGGAAGGAGGAAAUAGUCGUGUUAAAAGGUCUCCAAAUGCAACUCGCCGCUUAUCCGCAGCUAAACUUGUCGUUAAUAGAUUUCUUAAAAACUAUGCAGAUAAUUAA